AUGGGACUUUUUGGAAAAAAGAACCCAAAAAUUUUGCGAGAAAUUUACCACGGGACUACAAGAUUAAGAGUGAUUCAAAAUGAGCUGUGAAGAGAAAAAGUCGGGAUCAUUGUAAAUGUUACUAAUCAAACUCUUGACCACCCAGAAGGCGAUUCUAAACAAAUUAUUAUUACCGGGUCUCAUCAGCUAGUAAUUUCUUGCAGAAAUUGAGUUGCUCAGAAUGGGCUUGUUCCUGUAGGAGAUAUCGCAGUAACUGAAGCAGGCAAAUUAAAAGCAUUGUACGUGAUACAUAUUUCAAGUCCUGUAUUUAAUACAGAUUUAGACAACCAAGAACAAGUGAUCAAGGAUUUGAUAUUAAAAUGCUUAAGAAAAGGAGAAGAAUUGAGGGUAAAUUCAAUUUCUUUUCCUCCUUUUUGCCUAGAUCAUUUUGGGUUUCCAAUAGAAAUGGUCGUACCCACAAUGAUAGAUGCAGUCCAGGAGUAUCUUUUAACUCAUACUGACAAUGCCUACUCAGAAAUCAGGUUUGUAAGCCAACUGAAGCAUGUUCGACACUGAUUUAUCGAUGAGUUUGAAAAGAGAUGGCCGGAUUGCAUUCCAGUUAGCAAAAAGGAGUUAAAAAAGAAAGUGAAAAAAGAAAGAUUGUCAGCCACUAUAAGUGGAGAUAUAGCCAAGGAUAUAGAAAAGAAAUAUGUGAGAGAUAAGACUCCACAAAGGCGAAAACCAGAAAAAAAAGUGAUAGGAAUUACAGCAGGUACUGAAAUUGAGCUUAGGGAAACCGACUUUGAGGAAUUCAAAGAUGCUCAGAAGCUCGGAAAAUCAGAUGUUUUAAUUAAUAAUAAUAAUAAUCUUUAA